GUAUACCACUAUAUCCUAUUUAAUAAAAUAAUAUAAUGAGCGAUUAUCAGCAAAUAAGCAUCAAUCAUCAAAACAUUUAUUAUCAAGUUGGACUUGAUUUAUUGUUUAAUUUCACCAAUGAAUUUGUUGAAUAUAUUUAUACAGAUCCAAAUACUUCUGUUAUAACUGUAAAUCAAAUUACUAUAGCCUCUUUAAAUUCCAUUGUUAAAACGUAUAAGAUUGAAAGGAUCCAAUCAACAUUAUAUUGUAAAUCAAAGGAUUGCCAUUUUCUUGUCAUUAUUGGUAAUGAUAAGGAUAAUAACAAUCAUUUAUUUUGGCAUAAUGUAAAAGAUAAAACAACGUCAAAAAUUCUCACAAAAAAGCCUAUCCAAGGAGAAAUAAGCCAAUCAAGCAUAUCUCGUUUACCAUUUAAUGUUGAAUAUAAGGAUAGAAAAGGGUCUUCUACUAUGAAGCCUUCCUAUGCUAUGGUAAUUGGCACAAAAGAUCAAGGUGUUAAGCUGAUUUUAUUAAGCAUUAAUGAGCUAACAAAUGACGUAUCCUCAGAGUUGAUUGAAUCCUUCAAAACUAAUACAAAAGAUAAAAAAGAUUUGGGUUAUGUUACAUCAGUUUUUAUUUUAACAGUAGAAAAGGGCGAUAGACGAAUGGGUCAUAGCGAUCCACAAAUAUUGUUAGGCUUUAGUCAAGGUAAUAUCCUUAUUUAUCGAAUUAGGUCCAGUGUUUACUCUUCAUCAAGGUCUUCGAGAAUAAGGUCUCCUUUAGACUUAUCUUCUUUUACUGAAUACCCAAAAUACCCUAUUACUCACUUAUCUUGUGCACGAUCGUAUAAUAGUCUUUCGAUGACAGUCGUAUUUGCUCAGGAAAAACCUAAAGACGAUCCUAAAUACCAGUAUGCUAGAGACUAUAUUAAAUUAGUAGCAGCACAUGGUGACUCGACAUUAAAACAAAGAAAAAUAAUCAAUCCUCCUUUUGAUAUCGAAAAUCCUAUAAAAAUAGUAGGAUUAUCGUUGAUACCACCAAAUGGAAUUUCAACAGAAAGUAAAACUUACUUAUCAAUUAUACUUCAAAACAAGAAUAAUGAUAGUUAUAGUUUAAAUGUCUGGAAAGUAGAAUCUGACAGUAUUCACGAAGCUUUUACGCUAACAGCAAGUUGUGAUGAAUGCAUUGAAGCAUUGGUCUCUAAAGAAAGAACAUCACGUCCUUCAUAUACAUUAGAUAUGAAUGGCUUUUUACAAAAUAUGCCCUCAAAGAUUACAGAAAUCAUUCUAGAACAAAAUAAGGACAAUAUGAGCAAUAGGGAUAUGAGUCUUAAGAGAGAUAGGGAUGAAAUCGAAUCAUCUUUUAAUGAUGAACAUAAGCCAGCUAAAAUUAGAAAAUCAAAAAAUAAUAGGUUAUCACCAAUAGUAAUCAUCCAUCAUGAUAGCGAUAUGAGCAGAUCUGAUGAAGAUACAAAUGAAUCAGAGACAGAUCCUAAUGAUUUAGAUAAUGCAUCAGCUAUCAAUGAUUAUGAUACAUUUAUGGCGGAUGCUUCUAUUUUGAAUGAAGAAGAUAUGACUACAGGAAAAUUUUAUGUUGUAAAGGAAGAUUUAGAUAAAGCAGCUGAAGAUAUAGAUGACAUAUUGAAUCAACCAGAAGAGAUGAUUAAGACAGAAACAGAGACUAUUAAAGAAUUAACAUUUCACUCAACUACUGAUAUCGAUAUGACUUUCACUGAAGAAUUGACAGAAAAAGAUAGUUUCAUGAUUGUAGAUAAAGAAUCUAUACCUAAAGAUCAAUAUGUAGUGGAACAUAAAGAAGAAACUAAAAUUACAUUAUAUUCAGAAGAUGUAUUAGCAGCAGAUGUUAAACAAUUUGACAAGGAGACAAAGAUAGAGGAUAAUAUCGAAAACUAUUCAAGUAAUAACCAGCUAAUCACUACUAACCAGAAUGAGAUACCAGAAAAUCAAGUUGAUCAAGGAUCAAUCAAUGCUACAGAAAUCAAUUCAACAAAAGAUGAAACAAUUAGUACUGCAGAAGACAUCAUUGAGCAUAAAGAAAAUACCAUUAUAAGCGAUGAAGUUGACUAUAAAAUGGACGAUAGUAUAGAAGAGCAAUUACAAAAAGAGUUUGAGAAAGCGUCGGAUAAAGAUGAUUUACAAAAAAAUUUGAAUACAGAGGUUUUGCAAGAAGAAAAUUUGUCAAAGACUAAUGACACUAUUUCAGAAAAAAGUGAUGACUUUAUCGAUGUCGAAUCUGAAGCAGAAGAAAUGAAUGUAACAAAUAAUAAAUUGCAAUCAGAGGAAGAAACUUUUGGAAAUAAAAUCUCCUCAGAAGAGAGACAUCAUUAUGAUUACAGUCACGUUGAUGAUAAAUCUGUUGAGGAACAAAGCUCAAUAACUGAACAAGAUGAUAAUCAUGUUUACACUAUUCUUAGCAGUGAAGAAGAAGAAGAAGAAGAAGAAGAUGAUGAUGAUGAUGAUGAAACAGAAAAAUCAUCAUUGGGCUAUACAGUCUUAAAUACUUCAGAAGAACACUCUGAAGAGGAGUUUUAUGAACCUUAUAAUAAAGAGGAAUUCUAUGAUGUACAGUCUUUUGAGAACAUUGAUGAUUAUGAAUCUGAUAGAGAGGAUAUGGAAGAAAUGGUAGAGAUAGAGUCUAAUGAAAAUAAUAAUGGAAAAUCAUUGUUAUUUGUGGAGAGAGAAGAUCAGAUACAUUCUGAUAAAGAAGAAGAUAAUACUGAAAACCAGCACAAAACUGAAGCAGCUUAUACGCACCCUACUAUUGAUGAAGGAAUAUCAAUAUUUAAAGAAAAUAAUAAUAAUAUCGAAAAUAGAGUAUCGAUUGAUGAAGCAAGUAUGGCAGAACAAGCUGAAUGUGAUUUGAGUAAUCUUACAUCUACAAAUAAUCCUAUGCUUAUUAGAGUUAAUUCUAUGCUUCUAUAUCUAUUCAAUACUAAAGAUAUCGACUUGGAUAAUCUUGAUGAAAGACAGUACCAAGUUAUAGGAGACUAUUGUUGGCGUAGUGAAGAGGCACAACUACAAUUAUUUAUGAUGAAGCAAUGUCAUGAACGACAGUUAGAUAUAGAAGUUGUUAUGUUUGGACGAGCAUUGAUGAAUAAUCCUGAAAAAGAUGCGUUAACACAUGAACAGCAAAUAGAGUAUAAAACUAUAUUAAAAGAACAUAUUUAUAAUGUUCAUCCAUCAAUUAGGUUUGGAGUGAUUCUUAAUCCAUAUAGUGACUCAUUCAAGGUGAAACUACAGGAGAACAGGAGAUAUUAUAUUAAUAAGGAAUGGUGUCCUAUACAUAAUUUGGUGUAUUUUAAUUAUUAUACUUUUGGAAAGACUAUAUAAUGAAUAUCAUGUCAUUGAAGCCAAUCAACUAAUAAUAUGCAUAAAAAAACUCCGUAAUAAACAUCAAAAAAUUUUCAUUUUAAA